AAUUGUCUCCAAACGGGUUCAAAGCGAGUCAGGAUCUCGAAUCUGUAAACCAGACCAACUCACUCGGGCCCAUACUAUUUUCAUCUCAGUAAGCGAAUCUCGGCGUCUGUUUACAGAAUUCAGAGGAGGAAGAAGAGAAGAGAAUGGCGUCGGUGGUGAGGAGCAUUUUCCAGUCGAUCAAGGAAAAGGGUAUCGGAAAUUUCCUCAAGGAGCUUCGACAAGAAGGAUACGUGAGGUGUCUAGCGGAUGGAAAUCUUCUGCAAACCAAGAUCCACAACAUAGGUGCUACACUUGUUGGUGUGGAUAAAUUUGGUAACAAAUAUUAUGAGAAGCUAGGCGAUACACAAUAUGGAAGACACCGGUGGGUGGAGUAUGCACAGAAGAAUCGUUACAAUGCUUCUCAAGUUCCAGCAGAAUGGCAUGGCUGGCUCCAUCACAUUACUGAUCACACUGGUGAUGAACUGCUACUGCUGAAACCAAAGAGGUACGGGCUUGAGCACAAGGAGAACUUUUCUGGUGAAGGUGAUGCAUACAUAUAUCACUCCAAGGGACACACUUUAAAUCCUGAACAGAGAGACUGGACUAGGUACCAAACUUGGCAACCCACCAAGAAGGAAUAGGUUCCAAAUUCUACAGCACAGCUGGACAAUUAUAUGGAUUUUCUGCCAUGCAUCCUUAAUAAAAAAAGUCCUCGUAUUGAACUUGUGGGUGUAAGCGCAUGUGUACUCUCAAAUUUCAGUUCGAUACACUUGCUGUACGACCUUUUGAUAUGGUGUCAAGUUUUGAAUUGGAUCCAAAAUGUAGUCGUGCAUACUUUAUUCCUUUGUCGGUUUAUAGUGUCUGAUGGUUAUUUUUGAAACUAAGCUAUUCAGUGAUAAGUUAUACCCCAUUGAAAUUGAAAAUGGUGGAUCGUGGUGGGAAGAGCAAA